AUGUGUUCAAUGCAUGGGGAUUUUAUUAAUCAAGUAGCCAAGGCCUGGACUGAUGUCCACCAUCACAUUCCAAAUAUCAAGCUUUGGUUGUUACAUAAAAAAGUCAGCAAACAUCUCACAAAUUGGAACUGGAAGGAGGUGGGGAACAUAGAUAAGAAAGUCCUUGAAGCUGAACAAAAUGUUUUGCAUUUAGAACAGCUCUUAUCUUCUGACAUGGGGUCUGAAAUGGACCUCCAGUCAGCCAAUGAUAACUUAUUGGACCUGAUCAACAUGCAAGAGGCUCUCUAUGCCCAAAAGGCUAAUAAAAUAAGGUUUUGUGAGGGUGACAAAAACUCUAAAUAUUAUCAUGCUUGCAUUAAUUAUAGGAGGAAAAGCAGUACAAUCCACAAAAUCCUAUCUCAGGAAGGUCACUGGAUUUCCAAUGCUGAGGGAAUUGCUAAUGCUGCUGUACAUUAUUUUCAAAAAUUGUUCAGAGAAAAUUCUAUUUCCCACUCAACCAUCAAUGAAACACUGUUUGACAAGGAAAGGGAAUUUACUAAUAGUCUAUCCCUUACUAAUAUUCCUGAUGAAAAUGAAAUUUGGGAAGCUCUAAAAUCCAUUGACAGCACCAAGGUGGCUGGUCCUGAUGGAUUCUCUGCUGAUUUCUACAAAAAGGCCUUGCAUAUAGUGAAGGGUGAAAUUAUUGCCAAAGUUCAAAGUUUUUUCUGA